AGGCGGCGCCGCGGCGGCCUGGCAAGGCGGCCAGUCUACAAUACCCGGCCUUCACAGAACAUGGAUCUGUAACUAAGUCCCACAAUGAGGUGUCUGUGAUCUAAGCACAAGAGGCGGUCGCCUACAAAAUCAGAAUGACGUCAGAGCGCGCCAUCCCGCAUCUGCGGGACAUCUUCGGUCUCAACCAGCAAUAUGAUACCAAAAGUUUCGAAGACGACGACAAAGGCAAGAAGUCCAAGAAAAAGAAGGACGACUACCGCACCUACACAAACGGUGACGUCAAAACCUUGGAACGGCACCUCAGCAUGAAGAAGACUAUACGGAAGAAGAUCAUGCGGGAUCUACAGCAGGCGUUCGUUGAAGACCCUAACGAGUUUAAGGUCGAGAAUACGAGCCCUGAGAAAUUAAAGGCGGAGUUAAGCGCCGAGGCUGUGAAAAUUGAGAAGAACGUCAGGAAGAACGAUCCGACGUUCCUGGAUAUGCUACGAGGAGAGACGAGGGGUGAGGAGGCCAGGGAAGAGCAGCCGCCGGCGGAGAAGACGAGCUUCUGGCGGCGGCUCACCAUGAAGAAUAAGAACAAGAGAUAAAGCAUACAUUGCCGAUACUCCAUUCUCAUCAAAGUUACUGGCCAUCUAGAAAAUUGAUAAAGAAAAUGUUUGGCAAAAAAGAUUGGCGCCAACCCUACGAUAUAAAUGUAAAUAUGGACGAAUUAAUUUAAAUCACGGAUUAAUUGACCAAUAGAAGCACAUUUUAUCACCAUAUGGCGAAACCUCGAUCAGUCAAAAUCAGAUCAGUGCACUAUAUACCUAGUUACUUCUAUAAUAUCUGAUGUAAUAUACACAGGAUGGCCCAAGCAAGAAUAUGUUGACAAGAAAUUUUAGGAAUAUUUUUAACGCAUAUUUUACAAAAUAUCAUUAAAGAUUAAAAUUACAAUCAUUUACUAAAACAAAACUUAUUUGCUUUGGUACACAAACGCAAACGUUUUAUAAAAUUAUCAACAAUAUGCCACAGUAAAAAAAUUGUCAACGUAUUUUUGGGCGAACGUGUAUUUGGUGCUUACGUCACAAUAUAAUGUCAUUGUCUAUAACUAGAUUAACUAGUAUGUACCAGCAGCGGUAUCAUGGUCGCCUUUUAUCACCUGUCAUGUCAUGAUUGUCAUGCGUCACUUUCGCACUUGUUAGAACGUGACAGGCAUGGUGACAAAUGAUAAAUAUAUCGAAAUUCUUCAACCAUACUCGUAUUUUCACGCUCUCGUUGCUUAUUUACACAAUCCCGUGAUUUACGUAAACAUAUUUGAAGUGAACUUUUAAUCUAAGACUGUAUUUUGGAUGUUGGCAUAGACUAUUUAAAUAGACCAGUUUUGUACUUAUUCUAUGUCAAUUACUCGGAUAAUAUUUAUUAUUAUUAUAUAAUAAGCUUUUGGACUUCUGAAAUGUACUGACUAUUCAAUCGUUUUAUUAAUAGCUCGAGUGUCUAAAUUAAGAGAUCCGAAAGGAAAAGCACACAUUUCCCACAUACGUAAUUACUUUUCCGUAGGAAAUCAAUAUGUUAUUUAAAUGAUCGUUUUUAAAUGAGCGAAAACUCAAUACAUCAUGAAAAAAUUAUAAAAGUUUAUAAUAUCUAACUAUGCCCAACUUGCGAUAACCUAAGAAAGAAAACUAACUUGUACCAAAUGUAAUGUACCAUAUUUAUCGUAUCAAAAUUAAUGUCUAUAUAUUGGGAAUUACCUUUUUCAUUUUCGAAUGACAUUAUAACUUUAUUGAAUCGAGCUCAUAAUCUGUUUCAGGAAUUUCAGGCAACCAUGGUGUAAAUGUUAAUAAUAUUUUUGAAGUACUAAAUGCUUUAUUGCAGUAAUCGACUUACCUAUAAGAUCCAUAAUUUUAUUGCAAUGUAUCUCAUCUUUUCCUAAUUUAAAAAAUGCGGUUGUAACAUUAAUUGAUAUUGCUAUGGAACUAAAGUCCUUAAUGUAUGUAUUGUAGAUACAUAUGGGUGAUUUAGAUUUUGAUAAGUGCUUUUUCGCAAUAACUACACAAAAACGUUAAAAGCUUACACAACUGUCUAAGAUGGUCAAGCAUUUAUCGUCUUACGUCGUGGCCAUCACUUUCUUACUUGUGUGCUAGAGUGACGCGCAUCACAUAACACGAUAAAAGUGCAACCAACAUUGUACAGUCAUCAGCAAUAGUAUCUUACACAACUAGGGCCGCAAAAAUAUAUGACGCGCUCUUAUUGCGCUCCAAAUAAGAACGUGUCACAUAUUUUUGCGGCCCUAGUUGUGUAAGAUACGAUUGCUGAUGACUGUACCUACUCGUGCGUACUGCGGUGGCAGCAUCGUUCCAUUUUUAUCGCCUGUCACAAUGCCCGUCACUUUCGAACUUACAUACUUGUUAGAACGUGACAGUCGAUAAAAUUGCCACCGUGCUACCACUGCUGGCCUGGCCGCGAUACUUUUUAUCGUUCGACAAAAGUAUUUUUAAUUUUUUCUGUUAUCUUAAUCUAGAAGUUUGUGAAAUAGUUGUGUAAGCUUUUAGAUUCCUCAGGAAUUUAAUAAUUCAAAUUCUAGUUUAACAAUCGCAUAAUAUUAAGCAAUGCCUUCAAUGGAGCACCACUUAUAUGAACUGUCAAACUCGUGUUAACUCGUUUGGUGGGAAGUGGGAACGGAGCCUCAGCAAUGCUCCGCUAUUGUUACUUAUAAAAUAUCUCGUUCUACAUGUGAUGUAACGUUAAGUCGUUUAGGUUAGUUUUAACGUGCAUGCAGUCAAACACAGCGUAGUUAUAAUACGGUGUUACGGAGUGAAUUUAUAACAUCAAAAUAGGAUGUAUGAGGAAAGUAUACGACCGGUCGUCGUAAGGAUUCUGGCUAGCCAAGAUGAUACUUUUACAUAGCCAAACGCCAAACGAAAAAAUAUAUAUGUAUUGGGAUGACAAAGGGCCUACCAGGAACCUCGUUCGACGGGUUGUCUCCCUGUCACACUUACGUAUGAAUUUACAAGUGCGAUAAAGAGGCAACACGACGAACGUGGUUCGCAGUAGGCCCUCUGGCCUUUACAGAGCGGUGGAAAUAUUUCGACUGAAAUUGUUAUUGUUGAAAAAAAAAGUUGGAGUGGACUGGGUAACGUUUGAUAAAGUUGGAAACCCCUACUUAGAAUUUAAAAUGUUUAGAUUAAUUUAGUGAAAUUGAACCGUUGGGUACAAUUAAUAUUGCAUAAUAAUAUAUCAUGUAGAGAUACAAUACAAAUCGUUAUUAGUACAUUAUUGCAGAGGCCGGGAAAGGGCAAUUCGUGGAUGAGUUUCGAUUUUGUCGGACGACGCGAAGCGGAGUCCGACAAAGAAGACGAAUCCACGAAUUGCUAUUCCUGCCGAGGCAUAUAUAGUGCUUUUCUCCAAACAUGCGAGGAAAUAAGCUAAAAUAAUUAUUAUUUAAGCAUCAAGCAUCACUCAAAUCAAACCUUCACAUCCAAAAUGUCAAAAACAAUUUCCCUCUUUAAUUAAUUUUUAAAAGUUAAAGGCACAAACUUAUUCUGCCAUUCAGUACCAUUCAAUAUUCGUUCAUUCAAUAUAAUUGCGCAAUAUAGUUUGUCAAACCAACUUUUCAGUCAGUAAGAACCAGGAAAACUACACCCAUCCUUUUCUUUUGGGUGCUAGUACUAGUGUAAGACAAAGAUAGUAUGAUUCUCUUUGUCUAUGUUUAAAAUGAGAAAGUCCUUUGACAAACUAUGUAAGCUUUAUGAACACGGAUGAGAUUUAAAAAAAAUAUAAAAAUAAUCUUUGAUUUUAUUAAGCAGUAUUCGCACGAUCAUACACGUGAAAUGAUAGCUGAUCGGGUCGUGUAGAAGCGGCUCGCGGCAAUAAUAAUUGGCUGUUUGCGUUUUUUAUUAUUAAAAAGUAAAAAACACUACAGUAAUAAGUUAUUACUGUAAUGUUUUUUUACUUCCCGUCCGCUAGAACAGGACAGCGAUAGUUUGAUGUUUUUUAGUUAGAGUUUGACAUUAACGAAGAACUUCCCGUACUAUUUUUGCUACAGUAAGGUGAACAUUUCCGAGCAUAUUGGAGAAAAAUAUAUUAUUACAUGAUCAUGAAAAUAUAACAGGCUAAAGCCCCAUUUAGAUCGUUCAAGAACUUGCAUGCUAUAUAUUUUCUUUUAUUUUACAUUGCGGUAUUUGGUCGUGGUCAAUCGACUGAAUUCAUUGAACUCUGUAGUUGGCAAUGUAUCGAAUAUUUUCAAGCAAGUAAUAGUAAAUAAGCAUGCAAGUUCUUGAUCCAUCUAAAUAGGGCUUUCAUAUGAUAUAUUGUGAAAACGGUUUUGCUUGUUUGUUUUAUUGGCUCUUCUGGAAAAAUCUGCACAAAAUGUCUUUAAAAAGUGUUGGUAAUUGCUAAUUAGAUGCAAUUCCAGAAACAUUAUCAGAGAGUUGCCCUUGUAUGUGUACCUAUCCACCUACCUAUGUCAAUUCUGAGAUAUAUUAAACACUUAGAGCGAAAAAAAAAGCAAUCGAUAAAUUUAAAAAAAAAUAUUAAAAAUGCGAUCAUGUACGAGCUUUGUAUUAGCACAAGCUUGAUACAGUCGACGUCGAAGAUAUGUUUACAUUUUUCGCCUUAUUACAAAGGAGUAAGAUGCAAAAGAGUAGACAUAUAUUUGGCGUCGACUGUGGCUAUAUCUAACCAUCCAAUUUUUCAGAUCGUGUUCCAAUGAUCGAAAUGCAUCUAUUCACAAUAAAUUGAUUUUGUCUUGCUGAAAGUGACUGUGACAUAUGACUAAAUUCUCAUUAAACUAAAUUAAAUUGUGAUUAUUUUGGUUUAAGUACAAAAUACACAACAGGCGUCAAAAAUGUUUUUGGGUUCAAAAUGUAGUUCAGUGAAAAUCAGCUGUGUUUGAUUGUAUACACAUUUCUAUAUUAGAUAUAAGUAUCAUAUUAUGUUGUAAGUGGUAAUUGUAUAUUGUAUAUGGUAGGCUCGUGGCAAUUCCUAACAGUUUGUUGUGACAAUUUUAGGUAUUAUAUUGCAAUAUAAAUAAUUUUACAAAUUUAA